AUGGCACAGCCAGACCCCGAGGAACAAGAAAUGGCAAGUGCAAGUGCAACCCUCCACUGCACAACUUGCAAACUCGCCCAGCUCCCCCGCCCAUCCCUGCUCACAGCCCUCGCCACAGGCCUCUACAAUCCCCGCCGCGACCCGCCCUUCCUGCAUCCGCAGACAAUAGAGAUAGACGGCGUAUCCCCGCGAACGAUACCGCCAGAGCCGCAGGUACCAGGGUAUCAAAGACUGAUGACGCCGGCGCAGCACGAGAGCUACAGUACUGCUUUGGAAGAACUCACCGAGCGGGAAGCGGGCAGAGGGGAAGAGAGCGGGGCGCUGUUCGCGCGGUACAUGCUUGAUUUCCACAUUCAUGUGCACUAUCUCUCGCGGCGGGGGAUGUUGACGCUGUGUCGGGAUGUUGAGGAGGUCCAUGAGAUGCGACGGUGGAGGUGGAGGGUUGCGUUGGUGGAUGAUGUGCUUGCGGGUGCGGAGUAUCCAGGGAAGGGAUGUACGAGGGGAGGAGGGAAGAGAGGGGUGCGGCCGCCGAACGAGAAUCCGCAUCUGUCGAUGUACCAGAUGGCGUUGUGGAGGCGGAGAUGGCUGGCGCGGCGGCAGCGGGUGGACGAGGUGCGCCUCAAGUGGGCGGCGAUUGUCGAGGAGAGACGAAAGCAAAGGGCCGCUGCGGCUAGGACAAUAAAAGUGAGGUUGCACUGUUCGCGGGAGGGAUAUAAGGCUUUCAUCCGCGAGGUCGAGGUCGAGGGUGGUACGUUUGAUCAGCGGGACAUAACUUGA